AUGGCACCCAAGAAGAAGAGCCCCAAAGGCCGAAAGAAAAUGCGUGGCAAAAAAAGCCCAACCCCAAUAUUACCUGUUAGUGAAGAAGUGGAACCAAUCAAUAUGGAGAGCAUGGGUCAUCCAGAAAUUUAUCCUCUAGUAUUAACUACCAAGACCCAGGAAAUAUUUAACUGCCGUAUAGAUGAAGAUGUCACAGAUGAACACCCUUAUAAGCUUAUCCCUAAAGAAGAUAUUUUUGAAGACAUGCGAAACAGAGCUGCAGUAUCUGAUUUCCACCCAGUCAAAAAAAUUAUCCAGGAAUAUCCUGGAGAUGAGCUUCUGCUUGUGUAUGACAAAGACUUCAGAUAUGGACUCAACUUUUAUCUUAUUGGAACUGAAGAGGGCAAGGAAAACUAUUUCAAUCCCUCAGAGGUACCAGAAGAACAAGAAGAAAACAAAGAACAUAUUCCUGAAGAUGUAUAUAUGUAUAAAUUACCUGUCUCUAAACCAUGGGUUUCUUUGGGCAGUGAAAAAGAAAUUGAAGAAGAAUCGGUUAAAGAUUCUACAAAGCAGAUUACAUACAUGAUAUCCCGAAAACGAAGUGAAUUUGGAGCACCGAUUAAGUUCAGUGACCAGAAUGCUUCCAGUGUAAAAGAUGGCUAUAUUGAGUGUACAUCCUACCCAGAUAAAAUAUUUACCCUUAAGCAACUUGAGAAAGAUGUCAGUAUGCAAGUAGUACCCCAAAUAAGAGAUAUAAGUACUCAGACAAGAUGGACAUAUCCCAAAAACGCCACUACGCAAUAUUACCCAAGAGAAUUCUCAGAAGAGGAAAAAACAGCUCUCAACCAAUCAAAAUCUCUGGCUGAUUUUCUUAACAAUGUGUCCAUGAGUGUUGAAAUAGCCCUACAGCAAAAUGAAAUCAUGAACACAUUUAUUGAUGACUGGAAGAACCUCGCAGAAGAGGAGGGCACCUUUGGGGACAAGACCGAUACCCACUUGAAGGAGUACCAGUCCUUCACCGACCUUCAUAGUCCCACAGAGAAGAUGAUCACCUGCAUCUCAUGGCAUCCAACCAUCUAUGGGCUCAUAGCUGUGUCAGUGGCCGUGCGACUGUCCUUUGAAGACAGAGUCCACUUUUCUGGCAAAUUACUGCUGCAGCCCUCGCUGAUCCUUUUCUGGAGCUUCUCCGACCCCAUUCACCCUCAGUUGAUGCUGGAGAGCCCAGAUGACAUCUUCUGCUUCCAGUUCUGUCCCAGUGACCCUAACAUCAUCGCUGGAGGAUGUAUCAAUGGGCAGAUUAUCCUAUGGGACAUCACUGCCCAUGCAGACCGUAUAGAGAACAUCAAGACGGGAGAUAGCAGAAGUAAAAAACCCACACUAAAGCCUAUGUUUCUCCUUGAGCCAGAUAGCAAUAAGGAAGCAAUGUAUAUCAGACACUGUGCAGUUUCUUCAAUAGAAAAUGGGCAUAAGAACGUAAUUACAGAUAUACACUGGCUGUCUGAUACAUUCGAGAUUAACAGAAUGGGUUCUGUUUUUGAGAAUCGAAGUGGAAUAUGUUGUCAGCUUGCCACGUGUUCAGCAGAUUGCACAAUAUGUUUUUGGGAUAUUAGACAACAGAAGGUUGCAACCCCUCAACCAACAGAGAAAAAGAAGGAAGAAAGUAUUGAAAUUCCUUUUGAUGUGCCAUCUACUUUUAUGCAUCUGGAUCUUUCCUGGAAACCACUCAUUAAGGUAAGGCUGUCCAAGGGUGAAACAAGUUUAGACCACUGCCCAACCAAGAUGAGCCUGAAUCAAGACCACCUACUUUAUAAAUCACAAGACAAAAUGUUAGCACAGAACAAAGCAGCGAAGGCAGGAGAAACGAGCCCAUACCAUAAUCUGGAAGGUGGGAUGAUUGAUCAUCUCCGGCCAAUAGACGACUUCUGCACCAAGUUCUUUAUGGGAACAGAGGAAGGCGAGGUGAUAUAUACAGACUGGAAACUGGAAAGAGACCCUGAAACUGGCCGAUAUACGAGCAAGAAGCCAGUGAGUCUCUAUGCCGUCCAUGAUGGAGCCGUCCACACCAUUCAGAGAUCACCUUUUUACAACGACAUUAUUCUCACUGUUGGGGGGUGGAACGUGGCCAUCUGGAAAGAAGGUGUCGUGACUGGACCCCUCCUUCAAUCAUGCUGUGCGCCAAAAAGGUACACCUCGGGGCACUGGUCCCUGACACGGCCUGGAGUUUUCUACAUUGGCCGAGAAGAUGGAUAUAUCGAUAUCUGGGACCUUCUGGAGAAAACCCACGAACCAGCCCAGUCACAAAACAUUUGCAUAACAAUGAUCACCUACAUCAAACCCCAGACCUUUUCUUCUAAGCAACAAUUUAUAGCCGUAGCUGAUUAUUAUGGAACACUGCAUAUAUUAGAAAUUCCUUGGACGUUAAGCCACCCUUCUACCAAUGAGGUAUCAAGUGUUAACCACUACUUUGAAAGAGAAGUAAAGCAUCUGGAAUACGUACUACAGCGCAAGAUGAUACGUGAGAAAGAAAAGAAAGAAAUGGAGCUGGAAAUGGAGAAGAAAAAAGUUAAAACGUAUCAGAAGUCAAAAGAACAAAUGGAGGCUGAAAUGAGAAUGGACUACGAGAGUUAUUUGGAACUGGAAAGAAGUGUCCUCAUCAAUCUUGGCCUAAUCAAAGUCACAGAGAUGCUGUCAUACAUGGACAUGAUGUAGAAAGGAUUCCUUGAGGGGUGUUUUGAAGGCUUUGUGGAACUUUCCUCUUUUGAUGUAGUGUUUCUAAGUAAGGUUAACUAGCAAACAAAAUACAUAGGCUUAUUUACAAAUAUAGGCUUUUAUUUCACUGCUAUUAAAACUUCUGAA